CUUGAGCUUACAAACACUCACUGUGUCAUAGUGCUCUGAGUACUUUGCGAGCAUAUCUCUCAAUAAUUUCUGUAUUCCUUUUCAUUCUGCUCAGAAAUUGUUAACAGCAAUGUUAUGUAAAAUCAUAAGCAUCUUUUUCCUUAUUCUACUUAUACGUGCAGAAGCACGUCCUAAAGUUGACUCAAAGUCAGAUAAUGAAGAGGAAGGGAAGAUCAGUUACAGGCUACCAAGUCAUGUUGUGCCAAAAAAUUACACAAUUACUUUAAGAACGUAUUUUGACGAAGAUUCUGAAAAAAACUUUACAUUUGAAGGAAACAUAGAAAUAACACUUGAAAUUGAACAAGAAUCGCUAGAAAUUAUUUUACAUGGCCGGGAAUUACAUUUCGAGCCGAAAGACGUUGUUUUAAAAAGAAAUGAAAAAACUAUCCAAACAAGUAUCAUAUUCGAUAAGGAACGAGAUUUUGUACGCAUAUAUAAUAUUAACGCAGUUUCUUAUUUACCUUUUGUAAAAGGCAAUUACAUCUUAAAAAUAAAUAAAUUCAGGGGUAUAUUGAGCAAUGAAAUGCGCGGCUUUUACCGAAGUUCAUAUAAAAACGAGAAAGGCGAUACAACGUGGCUGGCAACGACUCAUUUUGAGCCAGUUGGAGCGCGCCGUGCUUUCCCAUGCUUCGACGAACCUAAUUUCAAAGCGACUUUUAAUCUCACCAUUAUCCACCCUGUUAAUUACAACGCCAUUUCUAAUAUGCCGAUCAGAUCAUCUUCAAAUUUUUUUAAUGAUACGCUAGCCAAGACAACUUUUUACACGACUCCGCCAAUGUCAACCUACUUAUUAGCAUUCGUUGUGUCUGAUUUUAAAUAUCUCGAAAAUAAUAAUUUUAAAGUACACGCUAAGUCAAGCGCUGUACAAUAUGGAAAACUAGCUCUGGAAUCUGGUGAAAAAAUUUUGAAAGAAUUACAAACUUAUACCGGUAUCAAAUUCAGUUUACCGAAAAUGGACCAGAUAGCUAUACCAGAUUUGGCCGCCGGCGCCAUGGAGAAUUGGGGCCUGGUGACCUACAGGGAGAAAUCGCUGCUUUAUAAUGAGAAAACGUCAACAACGAGUCAAAAACAAAAUAUUGUGGAAACGAUUGCUCAUGAAUUUGCCCACCAGUGGUUCGGCGAUCUUGUGAGUCCUAAAUGGUGGAAAUUUCUGUGGCUCAAUGAAGGAUUCGCUAACUUCUUUCAAAGUCUCAUCACUCAACAGGUUGAACCAAAGUGGCAAUCAACUUAUCAAUCAGUUGUGAAAUCCAUUCAGACCUUAGCAUUCGACUUUGAUAGCACCGCCAAAACACAUCCAAUCAAUCAAGAGGUAGAAAAGCCAAGCGAAAUUGGUGCAAUAUUUGACAGUAUCUCUUAUCAAAAAGCUGGAGCUAUCAUACGCAUGAUGCAGCAUUUUCUAGGAAAUCGUGUUUUUAAACGAGGUUUACAUAUAUAUCUAACUGAAAAUGGUUUCAAAACCGCCAAUUCCAGCGAUCUUUUCCGAGCUUUCGAUGAAGCACUGCAAGAAAUUGAAUUGAAUCUUGGAUAUAAAAUUGAAACUAUCAUGGAUGCGUGGGUGAAUAGUAAAGGCUAUCCUGUUGUAACAGUAACUCGAAAUUACAAUGACUCGAAAGAGGUGAAAAUCGAACAAAAAAGGUUUUUCUCGUACAAUGCCACGGAAGAAAAUGAGGAUAUCACUUAUUGGCAUAUCCCCAUCAAUUAUGCAACAACAAAAAAUCAAAGCUUCCAUAAUACAUCUGCUGCAAUUUGGUUGAACGAAUCUUCGAAAACGUUACCGUUAUCCGCUGAGCCUGACGAGUGGAUCGUCUUGAAUAAGCAGCAAACAGGUUUUUAUCGUGUAAAUUAUGAUGAGAAAAAUUGGCAAUUAAUCAUCAACCAUCUGGAUUCUGAUCAACGUAAUGAUAUUCAUGUGUUAAACCGAGCGCAGUUGAUAAACGAUGCUUUAGCCUUUGUAAAAAAAGACGACUUAACACUUGGAACACUGCUCAAUUUAACUUUUCAUUUAACUAACGAGACUGACUACAUCGCCUGGUAUCCGGGAUUUAAAAGCUUUUCGUGGCUUAGAAAAAAGCUUGCUAAUACGAAUCAUUAUGUGUUCUUCAAGGAAUACGUGUUAAAUAUUACGCAACGUUUUGUGCAAUCGGUCGGGUUCGAAGAAUCGAGUGAAGAUGAGCACAUUGACAAACUUAAGAGGGUCUUAGCUGUUCACUGGUCCUGUUUGUUAGGCAAUAUGACGUGCAGUAAUUAUGCCAAAACGAAGCUAGAAAAAUGGAUUGCUCAGACCGAAUCGAACUUAAUUUCACCAGAUUUGAAGCAGGUUACGGUGUGCGAAGGAUUGCGCAUUGCUAGCCUUGAUUUGUGGCAUAAAGUAUUUAACAAGUGUGUGAAUUCGUCAGAUGACGAUGAAAAAUCUUAUCUAUCGUUGGCUUUAGGAUGUUCAAACAACGGCGUGGCUCUGCAGUAUUAUUUGAAUUAUACUCUCGACCACAAUACCAAAUUAAACGAUACUAUUUCAAUUGUACAAAAAGUCUGUGAUAAUAGUAAUAUAGGUGUCGAUACGGUUCUAGAUUUUAUAAUAAGUCGAUAUGAAAAUCUGAUUCUAAAAUACAAAGAUGAAAAACGUCUAAGUAAUUUAUUCCAAAACGUAGGUGAAAAAAUUACUACGGAAACUCAAUUAGCCAAACUCAAAGCAACAAAAGAUGUUGAUAUUCCGGCGAACAUCACAGCUAACGGACUAAAGGCUGCUGAAAAAAAUAUUAUAUGGUUAGAACAGAAUAAUGAAACUAUCAAUGAUUGGAAAGAAACAGUCAAAAAGAAAUCUGCUAAUAUGUGAUGUUAAUUUUAAGUGCACGCAUGUAUGUUUUAUUUUGUCAUUGUCAUUUGUUUUUCUCAAAUUUAUCAUUCUAGAUUAUCACCGCCAUUUACAUCGACCGACCAUUCAUUCAAGUAUCAUGAAUGUUACAAUAAACAGUC